AGUAUUGAUCCAUCAUGGCGUCAAUUUAGGCGUCCAGAGGCCAUCUUGCGGGGAAUUCGGUGCUUCCUUCGUUAUUUAAUGGCUCACUUUUUAAUUGAUGCCUUAACUGGGAAUGUCCUGGAUGCACAGGCAGUGUUAGCAGUGCAGCAACUCUUUGAUGCAAAUCAGGGAGUUAACAAUGAUAGAGUGGGUGAAGUGGAGGUGCCUCAAGAACAGGGGGCAGACGAUGACGACACGUUUCAGUGCGGGAAGUGUAAAUGCAAGUUCACUACACUUCCGGAUUUUUUUGCCCACAAAAAGGAACCGUGCUCAGGGCGUGUGUCUACCUCACUUUGUGAUCCUGCAACAGCACCUGCUCUCUCUAUAGACCGUCUGUCUGUUUCACAGGUAUGCCAGUUGCAGGCAGCAUUGGCUUCCAAGUCGCAAGUCAUACUGAGCGAGGCAGAACUGCUAGCACUAUCUAGUCCACUGGAAGGGCCAUUAGAUUUGCAGGCUGCAGCAAGCACAGAGGGUCCUAUAGUUCUCACUCGUUCUCCAAGCCUUGUUCAAGAUGCCGCUGUUGUUGUGCCACACCAAAACACAGCUUGCCCACCCGUUACACUUUCAGGGCUCACUGAGCCAAUCCAGUCACCAACUUCUGCCAGACAUCACCAUGAAACGGAAUGUCUGGUGCGUAAAAUUGCCCUGACAAAGACUCCAAGUGUCUCCUCAGAGAAGGAAGUUGAGUUUGUGGUCGGCGAUGUGGAACAAGCAGCAAUGACAGCUACAAUGCCAGACCAUUAUGAAGCUGUGCAAGAAGUUGAAGGGUGUGACACAGCCAGUAGUAAGAGCUGUAGGCAAAAUCAGAACAUGCCAGAGAGUUCUCAACAGAAAAAGGCCAAGAAUGAAACUUGUCCGUUCUGUGCGAAAGGGUUUAGCAAGAAUUUUGACUUACAACAGCAUAUUCGGUCACACACCGGUGACAAACCAUUUCAGUGUGUCAUCUGUGGACGAGCGUUUGCUCAGAAGUCUAACGUAAAGAAGCAUAUGCAGACUCACAAGGUUUGGCCAAAUGGCUUGUCACAAACUCUGCCACCACAGCUGGUGGUAGAGAGCUUCAUGAUUCCGGAAGGAACUUCUGAGUCUAAAGAACCAAGCACUGGAAUUAAAGAUAACAGAACAAAAGCCCUUGUACUAGACAAUACUUACAUCUGUCAUUACUGCCCUUAUGUUGGAAAAUCGUACUGUGAACUCAAGACCCACAUGAAGCAGCAUAGACAUGAAAAGGUGUUCAAAUGUAUAGUGGGGAAGUGCGGACAGAUGUUUAACGAUUUGGAGUCUUUCUUAGCGCAUGCUAAAAUUCAUGAGAAUGAGAUGGUGUAUCAUUGUCAACUAUGUCCAAAAACAAUGGCUUCACUAUACGACCUAAGUGUGCACCAGUUUACACAUAGCCUCUACGCUUCAAAUGCUGGUGCUAGCUCGACAUCACGGGUUCAUCGCUGCAGCCACUGCUUGAAUAAGUAUGCAACAGCAGAAGCACUGGCACAUCAUGAGGCAACAUGCACUCAUAACUAUCCUUGUCCUGUGUGUACGAAAGUGUUCCCUUGUGAGCGAUAUUUACGGCGGCACCUGCUAAUUCAUAGAGAUGCCAGUCCACAUGUCUGUCCUGUCUGCAAAAAGGCCUUUAAAACUGAACAUUACCUCAAGGUUCAUUCGGUCAUCCACACUAAUGAGAAGCCAUUCCUAUGUUCACAGUGUGGUGCUACAUUCAACCGCCAGGACAAGCUCAAGAGACAUAUGCUUGUGCAUGAUACAGUGAAGCGGUUCAAGUGCCCAUAUGCAGCAGCACUAGGCUGUCAGAUGGAGUUUAAUCGUGCUGACAAGCUGAAAGCCCACCUCUUCACACACUCUGGCAUCAAGCCAUAUGCAUGCAGAACUUGUGGGCGAUGUUUUGCCCAGAAAACACGUCUGAAAAACCAUGAACGUCUGCAUUCCAGUGCACCAUUUCAAUGUAGCACCUGUCAGCAAGCAUUUGUAUCUCAAAAGGCCUUAGAUGAGCAUAACUGCCGAAAGCGUGUUGCUCACACGUGUCGUGGUCGUGGCAGAAAAUGGUCCGCAUCUAGAUGUGCCAUGUGCAAGCCAACACUGCUUUCAAAAGCGUGUGAUCAAGCUGCCAUACCUGACGAAGGACUCACUGAUGUCCAAACUGCACACAUAGAAAUUAUCUCAACCACAGGGGAUAUUGGUGUAGGAAAGGUGUCAAUAACUUAUCCAGAUAUACAACCAACCUCUGAACCGGGUAAACAGGAUGAAUAGUGCAUCAAGAUGCUAGUCAAAAGCAACCCAAGCUGAUCUGCAGCAGCAUUGAAAUUUUCACUGACCUGAAGUAUAUUAGACAAAAGUGUUUUCUAGCAGUAUAAAGUUCUGCUUUUGUUUUUCUUAUGUGCAGUCAACAGUACUUUAUUGCACAGUACCUUUGCCACUUUAUGAGAGUGCAUAAAAGCACUUUUUUUUCAUUAGAAUAUGGAAAGGGCCUGACUUUUUCUGGUUAUAUUUUUCAGCAGCGUCAGGGGGAGGGGGGAAUAUCGGGUCAUAAUUUGCUUCAAUAAAGGUGUAAUCGGGUUGUACUGAACCUGAUUCAACCCAAUUGUUGUUGAACGGAUUGAAUUAGAUGUAAAUCUUUGGUUUACUCGGCCUAGUACACAUGACACUCCAGUAGACACAGAUUAUCAAUAUUUAGUCCAUGCAUCUAAGAGGCAGCGGGAUCUCUGUUUUGACAGUUUGUAUGAGAAUAUUUAUGCAUUUACAACACAGUUUCCAAAGUUCUGUGUUAGUUGUGAUGACUUCGGAUCCCACUGGUCCAAGUUUUCAAGCAAAAACCCUGUUUUUGCUGAUUUGAAUCUGAAGGUAAAUAUCGGGUGUAAUUGGGUACAACCCUAAAAUGUCAGGCCCUUAAUAUGGAGAAUUGCACUCCAAAACUUGCUUUGUCACGCAUACCUUUUUCUGCGGGAAAUUUGAAUAUGCAUUGUAUAUCCCUUAAUUAGUGAUAUGUUUCUUGCAGACAACUUAUAAUAAAGAAAGAAAAAAUAAAUUUCCUAGGCAAUUAAUGUAUGACAACUGCAUACUGCAUUUGUUUCUUUGUAAUCUUUUAAAAAUGGGAAAAGACCACAAUGAGUGUGGUUCACGGAGAUCAAAUAAAUUUUUGUCUGGCUGUUGCACUCUAGGCGUGUGAGUAUGCAGCCUAGCUACGACCCUGUAGUAUACUGCUGUGCUAGUUUUUGUUGUUCCUUUUCACUGAUCAUGAAGCACUGUUUUUUUCGCCAUCACCAGGGGCAAUACUCUACCCCAUUGCUGAUGGUGAUGUGGGGAAUUAAAUAUUUUUUUCCAAGCAAAUGCAUAUUAAAAUAUCCAAAGAAGGGUUUGUGGCCAAUGCUGCUAAUCUCUGUGCUAGUAAAGGUUUUCUAUUCCACAUUAUCAAAAUGCCCUUGCUGCUCUGGUUGACAGGUGAAUUUAGCUAGAACCACCAUUUUGUACUUUUUUGGGCGACGAAAAAAUGAAGGACAUCACUGUUGAAAAAGGAGGAAAGGAAGCUUUGCCCAUAAGAAGAAAGUGGGAGAACGCCAACAGAAUGCUGUUUUCCCUGCUCUUUCUGCUUUCUUAAACUGAUUUCUAAUUGUGAAGGGUGCACUAGGUUGGACUGAUUCUGGGCUUCAACUGAGAAAAAUAGUUAAGCUGAAGUUGUAAGGAAAACAGCCCGAGUGGUGGCAGAAAUUGAGUGCAAUCAGUUCCUGCUGACUGUCAAAUAUAGCAUGUUGUGAUGGUGCUAGCAAAACGCAGUGUGCAACAGGAUUGCCAUUUGAAAUUAUAUUCUUAACACAAACCUUUAUAUAUUUGGAGAUACAGUCAAA